UGGGCUAUUGGCGUUUACCCGCAGUCUCCUGCUGCGGAGAGUCUGACACGGGCUACCCACGGUAGUAGAUAGCACGCGGGAGUCGAUACACGCCCUUCGCUGUGGCUUCUUGUGCCUUCAAGGUAUAUACACAGAGCAAGCGGAUCAGGUCGAGGUGAGCCGCGUUGAUCGCGCCUAAUAUACGCAUGCGUACCGCUUAUUGUGAUGGGUCUUUCGACCUUCUUCUCUCCUCCGCCCCUGACACCCGUUGUCUGGCCCUUGCCCAAUCGUGUUCUCUCCCCCAUGCUGGUGAUUGGCUGAACGCUGUUCCUUCGCCUUCCCUCGGCCUUCACUUCAUGGAUCAGCCGCCCUGCUGACAUCCUUCUUCCGAAUUGGGAACGGGGUCAACCAGCUGCUAUGGAUGUGACCGUCAUUUCCCCCCUUCAACCCCUCACCCUUCAAGGGGCUGCUUCCUCUGCUGGCCAUGCCCUUGCUGUUGCGGAGCAUCGAAAGAUGUCAGCUCAUGCCCCCGCUUGCCGCGCUGUUGGGGUCUCUUUCAUCCCCCUUGCUUUUGAGGCCCUGGGCGGCAUGAGUGAGGCCACAACCACCUCGUUGUCCAGAAUUGGUCGCCUCCUAGGCCAGCGUUUAGGGGUCUCUCCCGCGGACUCAAUUCGUCACCUCUUCCAGCGCUGCUCUGUUUCUCUCUGGCGUGGGAAUGCCGCUCUUUGGCUCCAUCGAUUCCCCAUUGGC